AUGGCGACGCUCCCCAGAGAAUCAACAUUCUUGCCUACGAUAAAAUGCUCGACAUGUGGCCGCCAGAUUGAAAUCUCCCUUAUGGGUGACCACUUGUGUGGUCAGCCCGAGCCCCAGACAUCCUCGCCCACUACAAAUGGGUCCUGGUCGAGGUUCGGAGAGCCCAUGCCAGCAAAGACCGAGAGGCUUCCUCCUCGAGUAGAUACGAACGCUGCGAACGGUGGUUACAUGCGUCCUGGCCAACUAACUCCAGUGAGCACGUCGAGUGGAUCUCGAAGCCUUUCACCAAGGACACCCGAUGGCCGAUCAGUUGGUAGUCGCGGCAACGAUUUCUUCGAGCCAACCAUUGCUAGCGAUUUCGACUCCACGUCACAGGAUAAUCGACGACCGGGUGGGUAUGGGGGCUUCUCCGAACGAGACGACUAUGAUGUUGACCCGUUAUACCCGCCGUCGAGCCCAAAGAGGCAGCAGCCAACCCUUUCGCAACGGAUGAAUACCAUUGCACCUGGGCCCUUUGAUGUGGCUGGCCAGAGGGGUGCCCCGCGCAAUGCCUUUCCCUCGAGGGACGUCCAAGAUUCGACCACUUACGGCCGUGCGGGCUCUAGCAUCGAUCGACCGGGCACCGCUGCUUCCAACAGAUCAGGCAUGUCGUCAGCGAGCAACAACAAUUCCGGUGCCGGCGCCUACUCUCUAAGGGCCCCAAGGAAGAACGGGUAUGGAGGUUUUGGUCCGCCGCAGGAGCAGGACUUUGAACCUGAGCCCUUCGGCACAAAUAGCCGCUCGGGGACCUUUCCAAGGUCUAAUAAUCCCGCCGAACCCCCAACGAGAACUCCGUCCGCGCCCGGCCCGCGCCCUGAUCGCUUUAGGUCACGCGGUGAAGAUGGCCAAUCUUCUCUGCUGGGGCCUGAUACGUCCAGGCCGCCUCCACCCCGCAAAAGUCUUGUCCGACCGAGGACAUCGGGCAGGGGUGGCACCCCGUCGGUGGAUCUUGCUGCGGAAUUCGGAAUCGGAAAUCCCUACCACGCACCCUCGGCAUCUAUCUCGUCGGCUGUUUCGAGCUACAGCCAAAACAGCACGGCCAGCCCACCCCGGACCGCCUCCAGACGGCUUCCGUCAGGAGGGCGCAAACCAUCCGAUACCUCUAAUAUCGAUGACUUGAUGAGCGACCUACAAGCUUCCAUGUCCGAGAUGCAGUCUCCACCUCGACUAGAAAGAAACCCCUCGAUUGGUUCUAGGGGACGGUCCCGGGACGGCAGAUAUUCUAGUCGUAGCCGAAGCGCUUCGCGUCCUCGCCAACAAGGACCGGCGUCCUACGACAGACCCAAUUUCGAUCUUAAAGCUGAAGUCGACCGUUUUAAUUACAACGCAUCGAGUCGAGACCAAAGCGAACCCAGCUACGGCGGAAGUUUAAGGACUGGAGGUACUAGGAAUUUGGCCGACGGGGAUCGCCGUGGCCGUGAGAUGCCAGGUUCCUAUGGAUCGUCUAUGCCAAGACGUGAGCCAUCCCGCGGCCCGCAACCAUACCGUGGAAUGUGCAAGGCAUGUGGUGAGGAGAUCCGGGGUAAGAGCAUCUCGUCUGCUGACGGAAGGCUCACCGGAAAGUAUCACAAGGCCUGCUUCGUGUGCACCACCUGUCGAGAACCUUUUACGUCUACCGAAUUCUAUGUUUUGAACGACAAACCGUACUGCGAAUUGCACUACCACCAGCUUAACGGUAGUUUAUGCGGGAGCUGCGGCAGGGGCAUCGAAGGGCAAUAUCUCGAGGAUGAAUCCCUCGUCAAAUACCACGUCGGGUGCUUCCGGUGCGCCGACUGCGGAAUGUCGCUUUCCAACGGAUACUUUGAAGUGGAUGGGAAGUCGUACUGCGAACCAGACGCGUGGCGACGAGUUCAGCAGGCGCCCUCUAUGGCCAACGGCUACGGAUUAAUGCCAGACCCGAACUUGGCAAGCCCGGUUUCCGACUAUUCCCCCGCUCGUACCAAUCCAAUGUCGCCGAUGACUCCGGCUUUCCCCCGCCCGCCGCCUGGUACCUUCCCACCCUCGCCUGCCUCGAGCCGCGGCCCCCCCACUCCCAUGGGUCUACCGCAACGUCCUGGUGAUAGGGGCCUCUCGGGUCCGCCGGGUCCGCCGCGACGACCGAUCGGACUGCCUAGAGGACAGAGACUCCCUCCCGGAAUGGGCCCGGUUCCACGGCCACGAAUGAACAAACGUAUGACGAGAUUAGGGAUGAUGUAA